CAAAGAGUCAAAACUCUGAGCACAAGCUCACCAUUUGCUUAAGCCAAAGCCAAAGCAAGAAGAAAACGACGGAUGGAAACUAUCAGCAGCGGCGGAUCAGUCUCAGAGUCGUCGACCAUGAUACUCCACAACGCGGUGGUCGUCACAAUGGAUUCUGAUUGCCGAGUCUUUCAAAACGGAGCUGUUUUCAUCGACAAAGACAAAAUCAAAGCCAUCGGUCAAUCUCCCGAUAUUCUUCAACAAUUCUCCCAUGUCGCUCACCACAUCCUCGACCUCCACGGUCAAAUAUUGCUUCCAGGAUUCAUCAACACACACGUUCACACUUCGCAGCAGCUCGGUAGAGGAAUCGCCGACGACGUUGAUCUAAUGACGUGGCUUCACCAUCGGAUCUGGCCGUACGAGUCCAACAUGACCGAAGAAGACUCUUACAUCUCUACUUUACUUUGCGGAGUCGAACUUAUUCACUCUGGUGUCACGUGCUUCGCUGAAGCUGGAGGGCAGCACGUGACUGGAAUGGCCAGAGCCGUUGAGUUGCUGGGAUUGCGAGCUUGCUUAACGGAUUCAGUCAUGGACUCCGGUGAUGGUUUACCGCCAUCGUGGGGGAUUCGAACAACGGAUGAAUGUCUUCAGUCUCAAAAGAAGCUUUACGAGAAGCACAAUAAUACAGCAGAUGGCCGUAUAAGGAUAUGGCUUGGAAUUAGGACAGUUAUGAACUCUACUGAUCGUUUACUGCUUGAAACCAGAGAUGCCGCUAGAGAAUUAAAAACUGGCAUCCAUAUGCAUGUUGCAGAGAUACCCUAUGAGAACCAAGUUGUGAUGGAAACCCGAAAAGCCGAUCAUGGGACAGUUACAUUUUUGGACAAGAUAGACUUCUUGCAAGAAAACUUAUUGGCAGCUCAUACAGUUUGUGUAAAUGAUACUGAGAUUGGUUUUCUUUCAAGAUCUGGGGUCAAAGUAUCUCACUGUGCUGCUUCUGCUAUGCGAAUGCUCGGAUUUGCACGAAUAAGGGAGAUGCUCAACGCUGGCAUCACUGUCUCCUUGGGCACAGAUGGGGCACCAUCUAAUAAUAGAAUGAGCAUUGUUGAUGAGAUGUACCUAGCUUCUCUGAUUAACAAAGGACGGGAAGUGCAUGAAAACGGAACAACUGAUCCCACAGCCUUCCCUGCUGAAACACUUCUCAAAAUGGUGACAAUUAAUGGUGCAAAAUCAGUACUCUGGGACAAUGAAAUAGGGUCGCUUGAGAUUGGUAAAAAGGCUGACAUGGUUGUUAUCAACCCUUUCUCAUGGUCUAUGGUUCCUAUUCAUGAUUGUAUCUCCAACCUUGUAUAUUGCAUGCGAACUGAGAACAUUGUCUCUGUAAUGUGCAAUGGUCGGUGGAUUAUGAGAGAUAAGAAGAUCUUAAAUGUAGAUGAGGAGGAAGUUAUAUCAUUAGCAAAAGAAGCUUCAAGCAAACUUUUGAGAAGAGCAGGUAUCAAAUUACCAAGCAGAAUGAAUGUCAUCCACUGAUCUCAUGCAGUGUACUCUUGAUGAAUAAAUGCCUUUAAACCGGUUUAAUUCUCGUUUUCGUCCCUCUACUAUGUCGAGAUUUGAGAUUUCGACAUAGUAGAGAGAUUAAAACCAUAAUUAUACUGUCCUCUUAUAUUAGUAAUAAUGUCCAUGUCAAUUGAGUUAGAAUUCAAUUGACUUUUGUCCGUAAUAUUUGUACAAAUUUCAUUAUAAAAAAAAUGUUAACACUAUGUUUUGUACUUAUGAAUAGGGAGAGUAAACAUUGUUCCCAAAAAUAAUGUAAGUGAAAAUGUAUUUUUAUGCUAAUAACUUUUAAUUUAGUAACAAGAACAUUAUAUUAUACCUA